AUGGGCCUGCGAGCGAGAAGGCCAACAAUCCCAGAAGGAAUUGGAAUGGGGAUCGCAACUUCUUCGGCAUCGCCGGAGGUGUCAGACCCUGAUGAUCUCGGGAAUGUCAAGCUGGAUCUCAGUCAGUCUCUUCCGCAUGAUGCAUUUGCAAAGACAGGAGAAAUUCCUGCAUCACUCCCUCAUCACAUUCCUCACUGCACUUCGCUGGACCUCAGCCACAAUCACAUUUACUCUUUGCCCGAUUCCAUUUGCCUUCUCCUUCACCUUGUGGACCUAAAUCUCAGUCACAAUGACCUCAGUGAGCUUCCAGAGACCAUGGGAUAUCUCAGGAAGCUGGAGCGCUUGGACAUGUCAUACAAUUCUCUCACCGGCAUUCCUCCGUUGCUGGGAACGCUCCCAAGAUUGGAGAAGCUCAACAUGGGCCACAACAAGAUCCGUAUGGUGCCUUCUACCUUCAGUGAAAAUAAUUCUUUAAGCAUCUUCAUUCUGAGUGAGAAUCCAACCAAGUUCCCACCAAGGGAAGUGAGCAAUGCUGGCUCUGCAUCAGUCUUGGCAUACUUAAGAAGCCAGGCAACUCCAAAGAAACCCACUCCAAUGCUGAUGAAAAGAAAAACUUUUCUUCGUCAAGCAUCCGACAUUUCCAGGGCAGAUGCGUUAGAUUCUUCCCCUCCGAGUCCCUUGAAUCGCAUCAGAAAUCCAUUACUCAUUCCUCAAGGAGCAUCAUCUUACACUCCAAAGGAACUUAGUGAUAAGAUUGCAGGUCUGCUAUAUGGAGCUGCCUUGGGAGAUGCACUGGGGAUUGGUACACAGUUCUUGUCACCAGAUGAAAUUCAGUUCUAUUAUGAAGCAGAAGUAUAUGAUUUCCAACACAUCAUUCGAGAUUCCACACGGUCCUACUGGAAGCGAGGAGAUUGGACUGACAACUUUGACAUCACGGUCUUGAGAGAUGAAGCUUUUCCGACUGAUCCUCAUGGAGUGGCCGUGAAGGUUCGGCCGAGGUUCGAAGAGUUCACCGAUCCUUUUUGUCUUCCCAGGGCCAUCAUCUGUGGGAUCGGGAAUUUCCAUGAUCUGGAAGAAGUGGAGAACAAUGCCAUCAGGAUCUGUAAGACCACACACAGUGAUAAGGCAGCGGUGGCUGCUUCGGUGCUUCUGGCAACCCUUGUGGCGUCCAUGUUGCAGGGGAAAAGUGGGACAGAGAGCCUCUCGUUGCUAUCCUCAUCAGCUUCCCCUUACCUUCACGAGCACGUGAACGGAGAGGCGAAAGAGAGCGGUCGAGAUCCACUUUCGGUUCUGUGCAGUGCUUGCACUGCAGCAUUAGAGGAAAAGGAAGCAAAGGACUUCAAGGAGACAUUGUUUCACGUGAUCGAGCGAGGGGGAUAUGCAUCCGUGUCAGGAGCGAUUGCAGGCAGCCUCCUCGGCCUCCGACUCGGGUAUCAAGGAUUACCCGAGGACUGGCUGGACGGGAUCCUACCUCCCAAUCGUUUGUAUCUCGAUACCAAGAUCAAUUCCCUCCUUGAUAUGAUGGGUCUUCCAUAG